CGCGGCGCGCCGGAUUGUGACGCAGCCGGGUUCCGGGUUCUCGAGUGACCGCGGGAGCGCUGCCUCGGGGGCCCCCGGCAGCAACGGCAGCAACGGCCGAGGCAGGCGGGGUCAAGAUGGUGGCUCCGCUGGCGGGGGAGGCGCUGGAGGGAGGAGGAGCCAGACCCUAGCCGGCCGGAAACACCGACGCCCCGAGGCCUCCCGGGAGCCGUUGCCGCCGCCCCCUGCUCCAUCGAGGGACGCGAGCGGGCGGCGGGGCGGGCGGGCGGGCGGGGACCCAGGACAGGAGGGCGGGCGGGCGGGCGGGCGGGGGCGGAGCCACUCUCCUCGGCGCCCGCCCCGGCCGCGGCCCCGGGCCUCCCUCCCCGCCCCGCGCCGCCCUGCCCGGCCCGCCCAGCCCCGGUGUGGCAGCGGCUCAUGGCGGCGGUGGGGCCCCCGCAGCAGCAGGUGCGGAUGGCCCAGCAGCAGGUCUGGGCGGCGCUCGAAGUGGCGCUCCGGGUGCCCUGCCUCUACAUCAUCGACGCCAUCUUCAACUCCUACUACGAUUCCAGCCAAAGCCGGUUCUGCAUCGGGCUCCAGAUCUUCCUCCGGCUCCUCGGUAUAAUUGUGUCCAGUAUUGUUCUGAUCUUGUCACAGCGAUCACUUUUCAAGUUUUACAUGUACAGCUCAGCCUUUCUAUUAGCUGCAACUUCAGUGUUGGUCAAUUACUACGCUGCUUUGCACAUUGACUUCUAUGGUGCCUACAACACGACAGCUUUUGGAAUCGAGCUGCUUCCUCGGAAAGGGCCCUCGCUGUGGAUGGCACUCACCGUCCUGCAGCUGACCUUUGGGAUUGGCUAUGUCACCCUACUCCAGAUUCAGUCCAUCUAUUCACAACUAAUUAUUUUGAAUAUCUUGGUUCCUGUAAUCGGCUUAAUCACAGAGCUCCCAUUACACAUCAGAGAGACUUUAGUUUUCACCUCUUCUUUGAUCCUCAUUUUAAAUACAGUGCUCGUCUUGGCAGUGAAACUUAAGUGGUUUUAUUAUUCCACACGGUACGUUUACCUGUUAGUGAGGCAUAUGUACCGAAUUUAUGGAUUACAGUUAUUGAUGGAGGACACAUGGAAAAGGAUUCGUUUCCCAGAUAUACUUCGGGUCUUCUGGCUAACAAGAAUUACAGCUCAGGCAACAGUGUUACUGUAUAUUUUAAAGAUGGCAAAUGAAACUGAGUCCUUCUUUAUUUCUUGGGAUGAUUUCUGGGACCUCAUCUGCAAUCUAAUAAUUAGUGGAUGCGAUUCUACACUAACUGUACUAGGCAUGAGUGCUGUAAUCUCUUCGAUAGCCCAUUAUUUGGGCCUGGGAAUCCUGGCCUUCAUUGGGUCAACUGAAGAAGAUGACAGGCGGCUUGGCUUUGUAGCGCCUGUUUUAUUUUUCAUUUUGGCUCUUCAGACUGGUUUAAGUGGGCUGAGACCCGAAGAGAGACUUGUUCGCUUAAGUAGAAACAUGUGCCUUCUAUUAACUGCAGUCCUGCAUUUCAUCCACGGAAUGACAGACCCCGUACUAAUGUCUCUCAGUGCCUCCCACGUGUCAUCAUUCCAUAGACAUUUCCCUGUGCUGUUUGUCUCUGCUUGCCUGUUUAUUCUUCCUGUUUUACUCAGUUAUGUUCUUUGGCAUCACUAUGCACUAAACACAUGGUUGUUUGCAGUCACAGCCUUCUGUGUGGAACUCUGCUUGAAAGUGAUAGUUUCUCUCACUGUUUAUACGCUAUUCAUGAUUGAUGGCUACUAUAAUGUCCUCUGGGAAAAGCUUGAUGAUUAUGUCUACUUUGUCCGCUCGACAGGCAAUAUUAUUGAAUUUAUAUUUGGAGUAGUAAUGUUUGGGAAUGGGGCCUAUACCAUGAUGUUUGAGUCAGGAAGUAAAAUUCGGGCUUGUAUGAUGUGCCUACAUGCAUAUUUUAACAUCUACUUACAAGUAAAAAAUGGCUGGAAGACAUUCAUGAAUCGUAGAACUGCUGUUAAGAAAAUCAAUUCACUUCCUGAAAUAAAAGGGAGCCACUUGCAAGAAAUAGAUGAUGUAUGUGCAAUCUGCUAUCAUGAGUUUACAACAUCUGCUCGUAUUACACCAUGUAAUCAUUAUUUCCAUGCGCUCUGCCUUCGGAAAUGGCUGUACAUUCAAGAUACUUGUCCAAUGUGCCAUCAAAAAGUGUACAUCGAAGAUGAUAUCAAGGAUAAUUCAAAUAUAUCUAACAACAAUGGCUUUAUUGCACCCAAUGAAAAUCAGAACCCAGAGGAAGCUUUACGAGAAGACGCUGCUGGAUCUGACCGAGAAUUGCGCGAGGAUGACAGUAUGGACUGUGAUGAUGAUGAUGGCCAAAGAGGAAGGAGCGGAGGGGUUCGGCACACAGGUGCAGCAGCAGCAGCAGCAGAAUUUAAUGAUGACACUGAUUAAAGUAGCAUUUACUAAUCACUGAGGUAUUUGUUUAAAAUUCAGUUCAUCCACAAUGGAGUGCUAUGCUUCAUGUCAGAGUGUAUCCAAGCACAAAAGCAGUAUCGCUGUUGAAACUGUGAGUGACGUUCCGUUUACUGUGAUGUGCUGCUGUAAAUAUACCUCUUGAAUUACUUCUGGUCUCUUUGGUGACCUAUUUAAAUUUGUGUACAUUAUUGUACAUAGAAUAAAAUGUUUUCACGUUUUUAUGACAAAAGUUGAACAAAUAACUUCUUAAUAGAGAUAAUGAUCAUACGGUGCGUCAGCUGUGCCAAAGAUUCCUCCAUGAAAUUAGAGUAAUCUAAUGCUGGACCCUAGUUUUUCCUUAAAAUGAGUGGGAAAAUGAAAAGUAUAAAAUUGCAGAUGAGGAUGUAAAAUAGUUUGGAGUAGAGGAGCUAUUAAUUUUUUUUUAAACUAAGGAAUGAUAACCUGCUAGAAGCAACUGAGAAACUUCAAAUCUGAGCUGCAACGUAGAGCUGGGUUCCAAAGUCAUGGGUCAGAGGCCAAGAAUUGAGAAAUAGGCUUGUUAUCAACUACACUUUGAUAUAAACCAGGAUGUGCUGUGUAAGUUUUAGGGGAAAACAUCACUGUCCUUUCAGACUUUUGAUGAAAUUACACAAUAAAAAGGCCGUCAUUGAUAACUUAAGACAUUAACAGCCUAAACAGUGUUGAUCCAACUUUAUGGGUCAAAGUAAAGGGUGUAACUUACAGUGUUAGCGUUUUAGAGAAUGACUGGAAUGAUUUCCUUAAGGAAGCUUACAGGUUUACUAUGAAAUUCCACAUCAGCAAAAGAAAACCCAUACAAAUAAGUGUCAGGAAAAAAAUAUUUUAAUAGUGUUGUUGUAUAGCGUGUUGGCUAAUUCCAGCGGAUCUUCUUCUCUGACUGCUGCCAUUAUCUCCAAUAUUUGACUGAAAGAGAACCAGAGGAAGCAACUUUCUGAGAAUAUAUUGUUUUAAAGACAUAUAAUCCCCUUUUCCUGUGUAAGAAGAAAUCUUGUACCCUUCCUAAGGAAGUUUAAGAGUUAUUAAAAUUGUUCGUAAUAUCAGUAGGAAAACAUGACCAAUUACUGGCAGCCGGAAAGUUCUGGAGCAAAUUUGCAAAUAAAGAAAACUAGAAACCAGAGUCAUGCAAGUGCAGUACUAGUGGAACUGUCCCGGGAGUAUGGACCCUUUCAAACUGUAGGCCACAGCACAUUGUUACCGGAUAACAAGCAUCUUAAAGAUGGAAUGUAUGCUGCACAUCAUACAGGCUAAGUACCUUUCUACUUUGGGUUUAGUUUUAUUUAUAUUGACACAUAAAUAAUGAUGGUAUUGGGGGAGAGCAGGGCCAAAAACUUGAAAGGCACUGCUUGCUGAACUGUCUUCACAGACAGCAAGGGAUGGUUGUGUGCACAGUAAAUACAUAAUGGCAAGUACGGAAGCUGGGGCUGAGGCAGAGACCUCUCUUUGUUCCUUUGCACCGAGUGAUGACCAACAGUAGUGGUUCCCUAGCAGUAUUAUCUGUAGGUAGUUUUUAAACACGGAUUAGAAAGCUGUAGUCCAAAUUAAACAUUUAAACGUUCCUUGUCAUGAGCUUUUCGUUCCCUUUAUGAGUAUCCUAACUGAACACCAAAAAUAAAUAGGGUGGGGCUUUAAGAUUAGCUGGAAUUGUAGAAACUGCUCUCAGUAUGACAGAAGCCAGCUUGACACAGAUACUGACAAAGGAAAUCCAUCAACACGGAAACUUUAGAAUGCAGUUGUCUGCAGCCAGCUUGCAGACUUUGUGUGCUGCUCAGGCUGCCCUGGGAAGCAGUGCUGCUGCUGCUGACUGCAGUGGCCCAGGGCACAGCUGCUCUGCUAAGACUUGUGCAGCAGUCGUUUUACUAUUUAGAAACUUGUGAAAAUCACUGGUGCUUAGUGAAGCAUUUUGUGUAGCAAGCCGCUAAUAACAUCUGGCAACCUGGCCAGGCCUUUUGUAUCCAGUAUAUUUCUCUGUAGCUU